AUGGCUCUCGCACCAAGCUCGCCGCGGCUUCCCAGCCCUCCCCCGCCCGCUGAGAUCCAGAUGGCGCCCAACUCACCCUCGGGCGGCCCAGCCGCAAGCCUCCACUCAACGCCGUUGGAACAGUCCCUGCUCGAUGCCAGCUCUAAGCGGCGCAUACACCCAGGCACAAAAGCGGCCGAUAUGGCUGCUGGCCCGCCCUUGAUACCUCUACAAGAACUCGACUCUGCAUUUCAGCUUCAAGAACACCUGGCCGCGUUGCACUAUCACCACACUGCAGAAGGAACCAAGCCGAUCAACCGCGAAACUGCCCUCCAACUCGCCCAGCCCCCACAAGGGAUUGACAAGACACUCUGGCUCUACGAACUCUGCCGAUUUCUCAUAUCCCAGUGUAACUCCCUAAUCAUCGGCUUCCUCUUUGACGCCCCUCCAUGCAGCGCCCACACCUGCCCUGAGAUGCGAGCCUCCGAGUGGCAAUUCCUCUGCGCCGUCCACGAGCAGCCCAAGAGCUGCUGCGCAAUCGACUACUGCUGCCACACCCUGGACUGGGCCGCCAACGUCGUGACAGACCAGAAGCUCUUCCCGAGCCGCUUCGUCGUCCUCAGCGACGCGCACAGCAAGAACGUCGGCGUCAAGAACCUCGUCAACGUCUUCAGGAGGCUCCACCGCAUCUUCGCCCACGCCUGGUUCCAGCACCGCAGCGUCUUCUGGUCGGUGGAGGGCGAGACGGGGCUGUACGUCUUCUUCAAGACGGUCUGCGACCUCUACGACCUGCUCCCCGCGGAGAACUACAAGCUGCCGCCCGAAGCCGAGGGCCUGGAGACGCCCCCCAGCGAGCCCGAGCCGGAGAAGAUGGUCCAGCACAUCCUCAAGCCCACGGCCCAGCCGCGGGGCAACGGGGCUGACGAGGACAGCUCCCACCACGCCGGGCGCACGAACACCCGACGGCAUAUUAGAAGUAGCCCGUCUACGGGGAGCGCGGUGACCACCGUCAUCGAGGCCGACGAGGAGGAGACGGACAAGAUGGCACGCAAAGCGAAGGACCUCCACAUCUUAGCCCCUGAGACUGUGGCCGAGGAGCCGGAAGUUGCCGAGGUUCCCGUCAUGGUCGAGCAUUCAGUAAUCGAAAAGCCCGUGGUGGAAAUUACCCCCGAUGAGUCGGAUUCCGACGACGUGUCUGACGCUGAUCAGACAGUUGUUGAAGAUGAUGGAGAAGAGGACGACGAAGACGAGGAGGAGGAGAAGCCCAAAGCUAAGGAAGAAGAAUCGUCAACAACUGACGAUGAAGAAGAGAGUCUGGCAAAGGAGAAGAAGAGCGACGAAAACAACACCGACACUGAUGAGAGCUCCGACGAAGAUGAGAAGAGCGGGGCAACAGACGAGACUUCCGCUUCUGCCAACGCCAAAACAGAAGCAGCUGCAAAAGAGUCGACAAAUAAGAAAAGUCUAGAUGAGGAUGAAGGGGGCGAUACGAAAGAAACUGCGGGUACAGAGGACAACUAA